GCUUGUGUUUGAUUGCAGUUUCGCUCUUCACUGCUAUUGCUGGAUUGUUAGAUUGCUCAAGAUUGUUUUUCCUUGGAACGUGCACAGCAAGGUUAACAUAUUAAACAAAUCUCAUGACACCAUUACAAACCACUGCGGGAUUAUUAGGGGGGAUCUGGAGCAGGGUUUUGGGGACCCAUUUGAUUUACCAGCCGCUGUUUCUAUCUUAAGAAACAGAAGAACAGUUGCAGAUGUGUGGUAACGCGUUUGCUGGUGGGCGAUUGUUGUGGUUGACGAUGUUUUGUUGUUGUGUUUAGAGAGGCUCGUAGCCUCUUCGGCCAAAACAUAGAUGCAUGCGUGUUUUUUUUACCGAACUGGAUAGUUUUUGCAGCUGAUCGUUGAAUCAACACGACAGUGUUAGCUGGCCUGACAAAAUGAACAGAAAACAGCAUCAUUUUAAAGGAGCAGAGGUCAGCUGCUGUGUGAAAUACUUUUUAUUCGGAUUCAACAUCAUAUUUUGGUUGCUGGGAGCAGCAUUCCUGGGUAUUGGACUUUGGGCAUGGGCUGAGAAGGGAGUGCUGUCAAACAUUUCCUCCAUCACAGAUCUGGGCGGCUUUGACCCUGUCUGGCUCUUUAUCGUGGUAGGUGGGGUGAUGUUCAUUCUCGGAUUUGCCGGAUGCAUCGGUGCGCUCCGGGAGAACACGUUCCUGCUCAAAUUUUUUUCAGUGUUUUUGGGCCUCAUCUUUUUCCUGGAGCUCACAGCUGGCAUUUUAGCCUUUGUGUUUAAAGAUUGGAUCAAAGACCAGUUGAACUUCUUCAUCAACAACAAUGUUAAAGCGUAUCGGGAUGACAUCGACCUCCAGAACCUCAUUGACUUUGCUCAAGAAUAUUGGUCGUGUUGUGGUGCUCACGGUCCGAACGACUGGAACCUGAACAUCUAUUUCAACUGCACCGAUUCCAAUCCCAGCCGAGAGAGAUGUGGCGUUCCCUUCUCCUGCUGCGUUAAAGACCCUGCCGAGGAUGUCCUGAAUACACAGUGUGGCUAUGAUGUGCGGCUUCAAGGGGAGUUGGAUCAGCAGAAGUACAUUUACACGAAGGGCUGUGUGGGACAGUUUGAAAAGUGGCUUCAAGACAAUCUGAUCAUUGUAGCUGGAAUUUUUGUCGGUAUUGCGUUACUACAGAUUUUCGGGAUAUGUCUGGCUCAGAACUUAGUGAGUGACAUCAGAGCAGUCAAAGCCAAUUGGUGACCAUUUGCAGAGGGCGAGAGGUGACCGUGACCUCUGUGGGUGACCUUGUGAGAUUAUGGCCAAGAGUGUAUUGCAACAGAACACUGUUUACAUACCAUUGAGCUGGGAAGCUCCGCCCUGUUUAAACCUGUGGACAUUUAAUGUAAGCUGACUGUACAAAAUGGACUCUCAAUAUAUAAUUAGUUCCUUUUUAAAAAAAUACAAGCUCUUAUGAAGGCUACACAGAAGCAGAAAUUGAGAUGACAUGCUGAGUUCAAGCAAUGAUAUCUCGGACACCUCUAGGUCGAACACUACCUUCUUUUGACGUUAUUAUAAUAUUCACCAGACUUUCCUUCAUGUUUUGGAAUAAUGUCGAGCAGAUGGUGUUUUUAACCUGUGGACCAAUUGCUUAUUUGAAACACAACAAAUCAACCACUGUAACUUUAAACAGAGGAGCCAUGAACUAACAAAGCCUUACUGCAGUGCACUUCUUUAUACACUCUGAUGGGUUAAGCUUUUACACAGCCUUCUGUCUGUCGGCCAGUCGAGUUGAUGGACAGUUGGACUCUUACCUCUGAUUGGCCCUCUGUUGCACAGAGGCAGCCAGUCAGAAUGAUAUACUUGAUAAUUACACAUAAUGUGUUUAUUUUUGUGAGUUCAACCACUACUGUUGGGGAGGUUUCUAAAUGAUCUGUUAUUUGUCUGUUUAGCUAUAUUUUGUUUCCUCCAUUCUCUUUUUUUUUUUUUUGGUUGGCUCUGUGGCUUAAAAGAGUAUAAAAUAACUUAACCGCUAUCCCAGACUCGCUUGGGAAUCUUUUCAUUUUCGCUACUCUGCUAGGUUGUAGUGAUAUGCUAUAGUGACACUAAAAUUGUAUUCUAAAUAUGAUGCUGCUUUAACUCGUAUAAAAUAUAUAUCGCUAUACUAACUUUCUAAAGAGACCAUGGGUGGAAACACACUUUAGAUCAUGCACAAACACACAAAUUGCUUUGUGAAAUAUGACGUGAAUGCACAUGUAAUGGACAGACUUUGCAUAUGAUCACAUGCUUUAUUGAGUCCUAUAGCGAUAAUAGAAAAAGCCUAUGGCUGUCACACAGCUUAUGGUCAACCAACUGCCCUUUAUAACAGCUUUAUUUACUAUUCACUCUCUCUCUGUCCCUCUUUCUUUCUCUGCGCCUUAAGGCUAGAGAGAUGCAUGCUAUCGGCUAUAAAAAAUGCAUGCCAAUGCAGACCUCUUUGAGCACAUGCACACGUGCAUAUGUGUGUGGACGUGUAUUCAUUACACUACCAUAGUCAUACCAGUGAGUUUUGACCUAGCUGUGUUUAUCCUCCUAUAUUCAGAAGAGUUAGCUAUAUUGAGCCGUGAACUUAACACUAACAAUGUGCAAAGAUAGACAAUGUAUUGCCGAUGUUCUUUAUGUAGAACGUGCUCGGGAGGUGUCAUGCAUGUCAGGCUGAUUUGAUUCAGUCCUGUUUAAUAACCUCAGAUCUAUUUGAACAUUCUGUAUUAACUGUGUUACGGUGUCAAAGUGAAAUGUGAGAUUUUUUUACUGUGGUUUUGCUGGGAGGGGGGUUGCUGACUGCAUCUGCCUGUGUAUAUAAAAGGGCAAGUCUUCUAUUGCAGAUACAAGACAGAUAAAAUUCUAUAGAUGAUGUUUAUCCUCCUUUUGUGCUCCCAAAUGCAUUAAUCUCACAAAAUCUGUCAAAAAUAUGUAAUAUUUUAUUAUUUUUACAUUUCAACCCAAAAUGCAAAAGAUAGGAAUAAGUAAAUAAUUAUGUUUUUAAGAUGAAGCCUAUUUUUAACAUUAGUUUCAUUACAUUAAGUACAUCCUCCACUCCCCAGUUCUCAUUACCGUAACACAAAAUAAAAGCAUUCUCAUUAGCUUAAUAAAAAAUAAAAAUAAUUCUGAUCAAAAUGCAAAAAAAAGACCCAAAUGCAAAAUUAAAAUCGUUUUCAUUCCAUAACACUAAAUAAAAAUUAUUCUUAUUACCUUAAUGUUAAAUACAAAUUAUUCUCAUUACCGUAAUGCAAAAUAAAAAUCAUUCACAUUCCCAUAUUGCAAAAUAAAAUUCAUUUUCAUUCCCGAAACUCUAAACAAGUCAUUCUCAUUACCUUAA